GAUUUCUCAAUCUUAAAGAUAAUUAACAGUAUCUAUUCUAAAAUUAUAAAUGUAUUUAAAUAGGAUGAGUGUUUGGUAUUUAUUACGGUUGUGUUCUACUAUAAAAAGUGCUAAUUUUAAUAAACAGAGAUUUUAUUGUAGUAAAAAUAUACUAAAACUUCACGAAAGAGGCAUGUACGAGAAUAUAUUUCCUAAUAUUAGUACAAACGAAAUAGUAGAAUUAUUAAAUAAAUCACCACAGUGUGUCUAUGCUGGAUUUGAUCCAACAGCAGAUAGUUUACACAUUGGCAAUUUACUUAUCUUGAUGAAUCUUUUACAUUGGCAAAGAGCAGGACAUCAAGUUAUAGCUUUAGUAGGAGGAGCUACAGGUUUAAUAGGUGAUCCUAGUCAUAGAAAAUCUGAACGUAUUGAGAUAGAAAAAUGUUUAAUUGAAGAAAAUGUCAAAUCUAUUAUGAAAAAUAUAGAAACUAUCUUUACUAAUCAUGAAAAUUAUUUCUGGAAGUACAAGCAAGAAUCUCUGAGGCCCCUGAUUAUAGUAAAUAAUUUAAAUUGGUACACAGAUGUAAAUGUUAUUGAAUUUGUAAGAAAUAUUGGAAAGUAUCUUAGAAUGGGCACUAUGUUAGGCAGAGCUUCUGUCCAGACACGAUUGAACUCAGAUACAGGAAUGAGUUUCACUGAAUUUACUUAUCAAGUAUUUCAAGCGUAUGACUGGUUGCAGUUGAUGAUAAAAUACAAUUGCUGCUUUCAAAUUGGUGGAAGUGAUCAAAUGGGUAAUAUUAUGUCUGGAUAUGAUCUAAUUGCAAAAAGUACAAGAAAACAGGUUUAUGGUAUUACAAUACCACUCAUAACAGCUGAAGGUGGAAAAAAAUUUGGAAAGUCUCUUAUGAACGCAAUAUGGUUAUCCUCAAUGAAAUCUUCAAGCUUUCAACUAUAUCAAUAUUUUAUUAGAACUAAAGACUCAGAUGUUAAGAAAUUGUUCAAACUAUUCACAUUUCUAUCGCUAGAUAAAAUUAACGAAAUUGUGGAUGAACAUAUGAAGAAUCCAGAACAGAGAAUAGCACAAAAAAUACUAGCACAACAAGUCACACUUUUAGUGCAUGGAGAAGAAGGAUUAUUUGCGGCAAAGCGUGCAUCUGCUGUAUUAUAUGAUCAGUCAAUCGAAAUCCUUGUAAAAAUGAAUGCAUCAGAAUUGGCAGAUGUGUUUGAAGCUGCAACUAUAGUAGAUGUUUUAUCAGAACCAGGACUUACUGUAUAUAAUUUAGCAAUUAAAGCAAAAUGUUUUAAAAGCAACGACGAUGCGCAACGCAUCAUAACAGCAGGUGGAUUUUAUAUAAACCAUAAAAAAAUUACGAAUUUAAACGAAGCAAUUGUACCUGGUAUACACAUAUUAAGUAAUAAUAUAUCAUUACUCAGAGUUGGUAAGAAAACAUAUUAUAUAGUUAGAUGGCAAUAAUGUUAUAAGAAAUAUAU